CACGCCUUAUCAUCGCCAGAACCGAAUCAUUCUUUAUUAUAACAUUCUUUCAGUCAAUUUGUUCAUCGCCGACGGCGACGAGUUUCCGUUUUCUGUUACCAAUUUGCCAUUACUCGCUCAGUCACUCAGUGACUCACUCACUCACUCACUCGAAGUCACUGACUCCCUUGUAAACGGACGAUGGACAGAGAUUCCUACGACGAAGAUGACGAUCGUCAAAACUUAAUCCACCAAAACGAUACCAAACAGCUGCCGCAUCACCUCCCCACUGGCACGAAUUCUACCUCCAGUCCAAGAUCCACCUUCCACAUCGAUGACAUUGAGUCUCAAAUUCGCCGCCGUUUCAAGCUCAACCUCAACAAGCGUUACCUCAUUGCCGUGUUACUUCCUCUGCUCAUAAUCGUGAUAUACUUCUCCACCGACAUUCGCUCCCUCUUCUCCUCUAAUAUCUCUUCCCUGAGAUUCGAUUCGGUUACAGAUCGAAUGAAGGAAUCUGAAUUGCGCGCUCUUUAUUUGUUGAAUCAGCAGCAUUCUUCGCUUCUUUCUCUAUGGAAUCGCACGUCUGUAUACAACAACAUUUCAUCCGUUCAAUUUGAUGAUAUCAAAGAUGGUUUGCUCAAGCAGAUUUCAUUGAAUAAAAACAUUCAACAUGUACUGCUGUCACCUUACCGGACCGGAAAUUUGUCGGCAGAGCUCGGCAAUAGCAACGUUUCGGACACUUCUUUUGGCGGGUACGGUUUUGACAGGUGUAGAAAAGUGGAUCAGAGGUUUUCAGAGCGGAAAACGAUUGAAUGGAAGCCCCAAUCCAACAAGUUUUUGCUUGCGAUUUGCGCUUCGGGACAGAUGAGUAAUCACUUGAUCUGUCUAGAGAAGCACAUAUUCUUUGCUGCAUUGUUGAAUCGCGUACUGGUUAUACCGAGUUCAAAGUUUGAUUAUCAGUACAGCAGAGUGUUAGACAUUGAGCAUAUUAACAGCUGUUUGGGAAGGGAAGUCGUGAUUAGCUUUGAAAAAUUUAUGGAAACCAAAAAGAAUCAUCCUCACAUUGACAAGUUCAGCUGUUAUUUCUCGUCACCUCAGCUGUGCUAUCUGGAUGAUGAGCAUGUAAAGAAGUUGAAGGGUUUGGGCCUUUCUAUGGGGAAACUUGAGGCUCCUUGGAAGGAGGACGUAAUGAAACCCAGCAAGAAGACGGUACAGGAUGUGGAGGCUAAGUUUAAGUCUGAUGUUGAUGUGAUUGCAAUUGGAGACGUGUUUUAUGCAGACUUGGAGAGUGAGUGGGUGAUGCAGCCUGGUGGCCCGAUUGCUCAUAAAUGCAGGACUUUGAUAGAGCCAAGCAAUCUCAUUUUGUUGACAGCUGAGCGAUUCAUUCAGACUUUCUUGGGGAAAAACUACAUUGCUCUUCAUUUCAGGCGACAUGGUUUUCAGAAGUUCUGCAAUGCUAAAAAGCCCAGUUGCUUUUACCCUAUUCCCCAAGCUGCGGAUUGCAUCACCCGGGUGGUUGAAAGGGCAAAUACACCGGUUAUAUAUCUUUCCACAGAUGCAGCUGAAAGUGAAACUGGCUUGCUGCAAUCACUGAUUGUGCUAGAUGGGAAGACUGUGCCACUUGUUAAACGACCCCCUCGUGAUUCAGCUGAAAAAUGGGAUGCUUUGUUAUAUAGACAUGGCCUUGAAGAAGAUCCUCAGGUGGAUGCUAUGCUGGAUAAGACAAUCUGUGCCAUAGCCAGCGUCUUCAUUGGAGCUUCUGGGUCUACCUUCACAGAGGACAUUCUGCGGCUCCGAAAAGACUGGGGAAGUGCCUCACUAUGUGAUGAGUAUUUAUGCCAAGGUGAAGAGCCAAACUUCAUCGCAGGUGAUGAAUAAAGAAGCAGCAGAAAAAAUGGCUGCCUGGCGAAUUCAUUUUAAGUUGCCUCCACUAUACUCUUUUCCUCCACUGCAGAAGAUGGAUGGUUUUGUGGAUGUAUUGUAGUGUAUGAUAAGAGCAUUUAAUUGAUUAUUAGUUUUAUAUAUGUCAUUCUUUCAAUCUGACUGCUUUUGUGUUUUGUCUCUUAAAUUCAUUGUAUUGUCACUUUGCAUUUUUUUCAUAUAACAGGAAUGGUCGUUACUCUUUUUCCAGCCCAAUAAAAAUGAAUCUCCAAG